AUGAUGUGAUGUGCAAUUUAAAACCUAGGUCCAAGUAGCAUUUCUGAUCAAAUAGUUAUCUUCUUCACAUAUAUAAGUUUAUAAGAGUGGUGCCUAUACUCACUCCCUUGCAAGUGAACCAGUUGAAGAGGGGAGCUGUAUACACAUGGCCAGUCCAAAUGGUUACCUAAACAGCUGUAAUAAGAGUCGAAAUAUGCAAAAUAAACUUUGUAAUUCCCAAUAGUCCUGUCUCAAAAUUGAAGAAAAUUCUUUUAUCUUUCACAUAGUUUUUGUAUUGAUCCAAAAAUAUUCAGUCUCCAAGAUAGAAAGAGAGAAAAAGGGUUCUAUUUUAAUAGGACAGUCCAUGUUAGAGCUAGUUGAGUGGUUAUGGGCAUAGUAGAAAUGAUGAUUACAUUCCACAUGAGAGCUUUGGUCUUUUUCCUUUGGCUCUUUCUCUCUUCAUCACAUGGUUCUAGCUACCAUUGCAAUGAAAAUGAGUCACAUAAUCAUCAUUGUGAAACAUUUGCACUCUUUUUCACAAACUCUCACUACUACUCUCUUUCAAAUCUUACCCUAUACUUAGGACUCAACAGGUUUGUCAUAGCAGAAACCAAUGGUUUCUCUUUAGAAACUGAGUUUCUUCCACAGAAUCAACCUCUUCUGAUACCAAUUGAUUGCAAAUGCAAAAAGGGUGAUUUUCAAGCUGAGUUAACAAAAACUACUAUCAAAGGUGAGAGUUUUUAUGACAUUUUUAAAUCACUUGAAGGUUUAACAACAUGCAAGGCUAUUAAAGAGAAUAACCUUGGUUUGUCACCUUGGAACCUUGAUGCUAAACUCAAAUUGAUUAUCCCUUUGAAAUGUGCUUGCCCUUUUUCUUCUUUUGUUAUACCAAAACCGAAAUUUCUUCUUUCUUAUCCUAUAAUUGAAAAUAAUACAGUUUCAAAUUUGGCCUUAAAGUUCAAUAUUACAAAGGAAGCUAUUGUUAUUGCCAAUAACAUUUCAUCAGAAGAAAGAAGCUUAGAACCUUUUACAUCUAUUCUAAUUCCAUUGAAUGGUAAACCUUUCCUUGAUCCUUUAGCUAAGCCAAAACAACCCAAUACAAAUUUUCCAAAAACCAACAAUAUUCCAAUAAAUAGUCAACACAAGAAGUCAACAAUGAGAAAGAGUGAAUUGUAUAUUGGUCUAAUUGGUAUUGCAAUUGGAAUUUUCUUUGCUUUAUUAGUAUCUUUUUGCUUUAUCUGGUUUAAACAGAGGAAGGUGGAAGAAAAUGCAUGCAAAGAAAGAGAUAUGGAGUUACAAUAUCUAAAUCAAAGUGUGAGAACAACUAGUGAUAAGAAAGUUUCAUUUGAAGGGUCACAAGACACACUUGAUAGUAAAAUCAUUGACGCGACGCCACGUAAGAUGUUAUUGGAGACAUACACAAUUGAUGAUUUGAGAAAAGCAACAGAGGAUUUCAGUUCAAAUUGUCACAUUGAAGGGUCAGUUUUUCAUGGCUGUUUAAAUGGUAAGAACAUGGCAAUCAAAAGAAUAAAAACUGAGAUGGUGUCAAAAUUAGACUUUGGUCUUUUUCAUGAUGCAAUUCAUCAUCAUCCUAACAUAAUUAGCCUUUUUGGAACAAGUAUUUCAGAAGGGUCAGAUUCAGAGUCAUUUUUGGUUUUUGAGUAUGCUAAAAAUGGUUCAUUGAAAGAUUGGCUUCAUGGUGGCUUGGCCAUCAAGAAUCAAUUCAUUUCGUCUUGCUACUGUUUCUUGAAUUGGAAUCAAAGGCUUAAGAUUUGUCUUGAUGUUGCAAGUGCUUUGGAUUACAUGCACCAUGUAAUGAUACCAAGUUAUGUGCAUAGAAAUGUGAAGAGUAGGAACAUCUUUUUAGAUGAAGAAUUCGGUGCUAAGUUAGGUAAUUUUGGUAUGGCAAGUUUUGUUGAGAAUGAAACUGAGGAUCCUCAAUUUUAUUCAACUAACUAUGCUUCUUGGAGUAUUGGUUACUUAGCACCUGAAUAUGUUCACCAAGGUAUAGUUUCAACAAGCAUUGAUAUAUUUGCUUUUGGUGUGGUUUUGUUAGAAGUUUUAUCUGGUCAAACACCUAUAAGUGGAUCAAGCUGUGGUAAAGGUGAAGGAAGUGUUUGGCUUAGUGACAAAAUAAAGACAAUUUUGAUGUCAGAAAAUAAUGUGAAUGAGUUAUUAAGUGAGUGGAUAGACAGUGCAUUAGGUGAGAAUUUCUCAUUUGAUGCAGCUUUGGAAGUGGCUAAUAUUGCAAGAGCUUGUGUGGAGGAAGAUUGUUGUUUGAGGCCUAGUGCAAGGGAAAUUGUUGAGAAGCUAUCAAGAUUAGUGGAGGAAUUACCAAAUGAGGAACAACAGGUUUUGGUGAGUGAAAGCUCUUCCAAACCUCUGGUUGGAGCACUAGAAAGCAGUAUGUGAAAUGAGUAAUCAGUUAAAUGAGUAAAAUACAUAGUGAUCAAAAUUUCUUGUUUUGAAGUCCAAUAGUUUGUCUAUCUAAUAAUUUGUACAAUGAUUGGUGUUUACAAAAUGAAUUAGACUUCUUGAAGACAUUUUAAGACUUUAAAUUUGUAAAGCCUAUCCCUAUCAAGUGUUACUCAAGCAACUACUUCACAAAAAGUUCCUAGAAUACAAUGUUUAGUAAAAGAAAAUACUAUGAUGGAAAAUCCAAUCAGUAGUAAUCUGUAAAUUGUAUUAUAUAGUAAGGGAAGACAAUUACUUUUCCCACCA